GGGAUGCGGGGCCGGGAUUCGGGCGGCCGCAGCUGCGGGGCGUGAGCCGAGCCAUGGCCAACGUCAAGGUGGCCCUGCGGGUCCGGCCUCUGAGCAAAAGAGAGAGAGCAGAAGGYGGAAGAGUGAUUGUAGAAGUUGAUGACAAAGUGGCAAAAGUCAGAAAUAUAAAGGUUGACAGUAGGCUUGACAGCAUUUGGGACUCCAGAGAAAAAACUGUGGCYUUCAGCUUUGACUAUUGCUACUGGUCAGUUGAUCCCGAAGAUCCAAAGUAUGCCUCUCAGGAAAUGGUGUUCCAGGACCUCGGCACUUCUGUGUUGUCUGGUGCAUUUAGAGGAUACAACAUCUGCCUCUUUGCAUAUGGACAGACAGGUUCAGGAAAAACUUACACAAUGAUGGGGACACCUGCAUCCAUUGGGCUGACACCUCGUAUAUGUGAGGGCCUCUUUUCAAGGAAGGAUGAUUACUCAGACCAGACGGCAUCAUGCAGGGUAAAGGUCAGUUUCCUUGAAAUUUAUAAUGAGCGUGUCCGAGAUCUGUUGAAACAGUCGGACCGAAAGAAACCCUACACACUGCGAGUUCGGGAGCACCCCGAAACAGGACCAUAUGUACAAGGUUUGAGUCAGCAUUUAGUAACGGACUACAAGCAAGUUGUAAAGCUUCUAGAAGAAGGAAUAGCUAAAAGAAUCACAGCAUCUACACAUAUUCACAAUGCCAGCAGCAGAUCCCAUGCUAUCUUCACCAUCCACUACACUCAGGCAAUACUGGAGAACAAUCUUCCCUCUGAAAUUGCAAGCAAGAUCAACUUAGUGGACCUUGCAGGCAGUGAAAGAGCUGAUCCCAGUUACUGUAAAGACAGAAUUACUGAAGGUGCCAAUAUUAACAAGUCAUUAGUUACACUUGGAAUUGUCAUAUCCACUUUAGCACAGAAUUCCCAGAUGUUCAGCAGCUGCCAGAGCAUUAACAGCAUCGCGAGCGAAGGGGAGAGCAGCCAUACAGACACCCCUSCCUCGGGCAGCGCCGGGGCGACCAGGCGGCCGGCUUACAUCCCGUACCGUGACUCCAUCCUCACCUGGCUGCUCAAGGACAGUCUGGGGGGCAACUCCAAGACCAUUAUGAUUGCCACUAUCUCACCUGCCAGCUCCAGCUACAAUGAGACCAUGAGUACCUUGAGAUAUGCUUCAAAUGCCAAAAAUAUUAUUAACAAGCCCAGAGUAAAUGAGGAUGCAAAUGUGAAACUGAUCAGAGAACUGAGAGAAGAAAUUGAUAGGCUGAAAACUAUGCUGAUGAGCUUUGAGCUGAGGAAUUCCAGUCCCUCUUGGAGUGAUGACAGGGAUGGAAAUCUGACUGAGCUGGUCCUUCAGAAUGAAAUGAAGAUUGAGCAAUUGACCAAAGACUGGACAAGUAAAUGGACAGACAGGAAAGCCAUCAUGGAAGAAUACAGUGUGGACAUCAACAAAGAAAAAGCUGGAGUAACAAUAGAUUCUAAUUUACCUCAUCUAAUGGCCAUGGAUGAUGAUAUCCUCAGCACGGGAGUGGUGCUGUAUCAUCUCAGGGAAGGAACAACCAAAAUUGGAAGAAGUGACUCAGACCAAGAUCAAGACAUUGUUCUGCAGGGACAGUGGAUUGAAAGGAAUCACUGCACGAUAGACAACCGCUGUGGGAUCGUGACUCUGCGGGCGGUCCCGGGCGCGCUCUGCUCCGUCAAUGGAUGCGAAGUGUCGGGCUCCUGCCGUCUGUCACAAGGAGCCCUUGUUGUCCUUGGCAAAUCUCAUAAGUUUAGGUUCAAUCACCCAGCAGAAGCUGCUAUCUUAAGACUAAGAAGAUCAAUUAAUGAAACCCCACCCUCUCAGAGUUGUGCAGCUUUGGACUGGCUCAAUUUGGAUGCAAGUUGCACCAAUUCUCCACACUACAUACUUUCUUCUCUUUACAAUCAAAAAUGUAGAAACUGUAAAGAAAACAAAUGUUCUCUUGARCUAAGCAGAGAAAUAGAUGCUGUGCAUGAAGAGUACAAGCAGAAACUGAGAGAUCAGGAAGCUUUCCACAGAAAACAAAUUCAACAACAGCAGCUCUAUGUUGAAGAUCUAAAGCAGCAGAUUCUGAGAGGACAGAUCAAAGCAGAGCAGGAACUAGAAAAUGACCAAGCACUUAUCAACCAGCAAAUCCAGGAAAACCAGCAGUGGCUUAUAAAUGAGAAUAAACGUCUGGCUGCUCUUCAGCAACAGCAGAGGGAGUUUGCAGUGCAGACAGAGCCYACGCUGUGUGCAGAGGCUGAGGAGCAGAGCACCACUGGGCUGGAAACCUGCCUGUCCCUGCUACAGCAGAACAAGAAGAGGCUGGUGCAGCUGGAGCUCUUGCAAAGGUAYUCCUUAAAAAAGGCCGAAAGAAACAUACGACGGAAAAAGGUGAAGUUCCAGCUGGAAAGGAUAGUCAAGAAGCAGAAGCUGUUGGAAGCCAAGCAAAACCUAGAGCAGCUGGAAGCCAGCUGCUGGCUCAGYGAAGAGUGUGUGAAGCAAACCCCAGUCCUAAAUGACAAUAUUGCUGCACGGUCCUCUUUGGAUCACCACUUGCAAAAGAGACAGAACUCYUUGGGUUCGAGUUCCUUGCAGCACAGGCAGCAUUUGCUCUGUAACCCACACCUGCCCCAGGUACCCAGCUGUUUUUUGAAGAGGGAGUCUGUCUCAAAGCUAUCUACCUCACCAAAUACAGAUCAGUACUGUAAAGGCAGUACRACAGAGAAGCUGUCACCUGUAGAAGAUCGUAACAGAAGUAAUAAAGAUAUUUCUGGGAGGGAUGACCUUAAUGAUGAAAAGGGGAUCUCCUUUUCAGUCCUGAGGCWGCUAACUGAAAAACAAAAACCGUCUUCAGCUGAAAAUAAAAAAGGAGCAGAGAAAGACUCUAAUGAUUGCACUACUAUGGCUUAUAUCARUAAAAACUAUAAAAAAAUUGRAAAGUUGGAUGKCAGCCCAGGGCAAGCUGGAUCUCAAAACCAGACCUCUAAAGGUUCCUCUCCUGAUCCUUUUAAGGAGAAAGAUGAGCCUAAAACCUUUAUUACAGGGACAAGAAUGACAAAAUCAAAGGUGCUAGGAGAUUUAAGUCARCCUGCAAGUAGCAAUGUAGCACAAAAUAGAGCUCAGGUAUCCAAGAAAAAGAUUAGAAUGGAUAUCAAUGGAAAAGGCCACAGGUAUUCUCCAGAAAACUUCCCUAAACAAACGAAGAAGACAGUGUAUCUCAAUCAAACAGGCAAGAACUGGAGGAGAGAGGCAAACUCAGCCUUGCCAAGUUAUGAGAAAUCGUCAGUGGAACAGAAAGAAUUUCUGCUGGCAGCGGCAUCAGUAGGAAAUCUCACUAAGAUGAACUYACAGGCACCACUCUCUUAUGUUGAAAAGAAGUGGCACAGUGCUGAGAUGCUGAGUGCUGGAGUGUCCAAGACAGCCACAGAUGUGCUGGGGAACUGGCAAGAGGAUGAUGAAAAUGAGAUUUCUGAUACUGACAGUUCCUAUUCUGUAGAUUCUCUCUCCUGCGCUUAUGCAAAAGUUUUCCCAGAGAAACUAAAACAAGAAGAUUUUGACAGAAAUACCUGUCUUGCCAACCCAGAAGAUUCUGAGAGUGAUGACAGUCAAAUGUCACAAGACUCUUUGGCAGAAAAGGAAAAUAAAGCCAAAAAGCAAAAUGCAAGCCAGUAUCACAAGUUAAAGGCCCGUCAUGAGCCGGCUAAGCCUUGCAAAAGCAGAACCGAGAACCGUAUUUCAUCUUCGGUGACAUCGUAUGCAUCCCGUAGGAGACUGGGAAGGGCUGAAAGAAGCUUUUCUCUGGAUAGCUUAGCUGAUGGAGAAGAGAUGCCAGCAGAAGAUCUGGUAGAAGAAUCCAAAUCUGAUUCAUCUGAUGAAGUGCCAGCAGAGAUUUUCUGGAAGUUACAAACUCCUAAAUUACCAGCUGUACAGAUUGAGGAAGACCAUGAAUCGAAGACCUGCAACAGAGAUACGGAAGGGACAAAUUAUGAUUUGAAGCUGAGCAGUUCCUUUUAUUUGAACACCAAGCCACAGGCUGCUUCCAGUAAUGCUUGCAAGCAGUURCUGAAGGGGACAAAAGUCUCCUUCGUGGAACAAGAAAGAUCCCUUGAAAGAAGUCUGYGUUAUGCAAGUGGAAAUCCUUCACUUACUGAUGAUGAUGCCUGGUCUUCCUGUGACUCAAAGGUAGAUAUCAGCAGCCCCACAAUUACAGCAUCCUCUUCCCAUGAAAAUUUGGAAUUUCAAGAUGCUCAUCUGUGCCCUUUGAGCAAACCAGAACUUUGGCUGAAGAAAGAAGAUCUAAAGCAGUCAGCUGCWGAGGUUUCUUUUGUUUCUGGCUCUAAGCAGAUUCACAGCAUUACUCACACACCGCAUCAUGUAAAUGAAAUAAACUCAGUUUUCCCCUCUGACACACUGGAAGUACCUUUACCUGAAACAACAGCUGCAAGCAGAGCUUCUGAGAGCAGAUCAUUAAAGAWGAUCCUUAAGGGAUGGACAAACUCUAAUGAAAAUUCUUCUUUGGAGCAUCAGAAUGUAAUGUCAUCAUUUGUUAGCUCACUAGAGCCAAGUCCCUCUUUUGUCCUGACUUCAGCAAAUCAUGAUUAUUAUGAACAUUCURUUCCUGAACAAGAGCAACUGGAUGAAUUAUCUACUUACAGGUCUGCCACUGAAGGUGCACAAACAUUCAGCUGUUUGGGAAACAUCUCCACUGCAGACUGCUUGUCACUGGUAUCCAAGAAAGAGAACUCUCUCUUCACAACUCAUCCAGAACAGCCAAAAGAUCACAUGCUGAAAAAAACACCUUUUAGCUCUGUGUUGCCUGUCCAAAUUUUGGAGCACAGGAAUGGCUGUGUAGAUGGCGAUUUAGAAGAUGGCCUCUUCCRAACUUUUCCAAAAGAUGAGCUUGACAAUGACUAUAAUAACUUGAUGGCAAAAUCAAGUGUGGCAGAUUCAGACAGUGGAAGUGCCUCUGUCAGUGCAGCUGCUGCUGAGUGUUCUGUGGGACCUGCUCAUGAUAUGACCUCAACACAGAUAUCUGAAGUGAAACACAUCCAGUUCRGGAACUGCAGGCAGCUUUUUCCAAUACAGAAAAUACCAGCACGUUGUGAUGAAGGAUUCUUUCUCAAUGAUCUAACAAACAAGGACUGCUCCCUGGUGAGCAGUUACAGCCUUCAGACGCUGGCUGGACAAGGAGCAGGAUCAGCUGACACAGAAGGACACCCCAGGGCUGGGGACAGUAAUCUGGAAACAAUGCAGGAAACAGAUCGUGAACAAAUACCUGCACAAGGAGCAGCAGAGACAGAUUUUUCCUCACAGAACACAACAUAUCGAUGUCACCCUUUAGCUGUUGCUGCCAGUGCAAGCUAUGACCAGUCUGCAACACCGAUGGAGAUGUCUCAAAAAGAAAUAAACUCUAUGGAAAUAAGCACAGAUAGCUUGGCAGACGUUGUGCCAGAGGUGCCUUCAGUCAGAAAGCACCAAGAAUUCGUAUCAAAGGAUGAAGRCUUGUCCUCACUAGAUCAUUAUGAAUUCAAACACAAACCUGUUUCAAAGGAUUAUUCCUGUGAAUGUGCUCUAGUAGUCAAUCAGGCAAGUUGCUUAUCCCAGCGUAUUUCAGAAAAUUCUGCAUUAUGCACUGAUAAUACAAGAGAAGAAAGCAGUGARAGUAAAGAACAACAUGUCUUGAAUUAUCAGGCUGUAGUUGAGAAAGAAUUUUCAUCCAAAUAUGAAAACCUAGUGGUAAAUGAAGUAAGUUAUUUCCUACUGAAUGUAAAUGGGAAAGACACYGAGUCCUUUCCUGCUGCUAUCUGUGAGACUACAAAUGAUUUUCUCCCAGAAUCUAAUUCAAGCAUAUUUUACRAAGUUUCAACAAAAGCUAAUCUUUUUCAAAGUGCGUCUGAGACAGAAAAUUAUGAUAAACUAUUGAAGCACGUCACAAUAGUGAAAGGAGAUUGUGAUGCUACCUCUAAUCCUACUGUGGAAGUCAGUGCCACGGAAAGUUGUUYUGAUGUACAUUCCAGCUGCCUUUGCACAAAGUGCUCUUCAAAAUCAACAGGACAGAAGAACAGUACACACAAGAUAACUGACAUUUCUGUGGAAUUUGAUACCUCUCUUCCCUCAGAAACAGAACCACAGAACACAUCUUUACCUGAAUCGAGAAAAGAGAAAGAUGCAUUUUUUGAAAGURAUUGCCCAGAGGCCAUUUUUCAUGUUGAACAUGAUGCAAAUUCAGAGUUCRAAAGGAUAUUUGAAUGCAACACAAACACAUCAACUGCUAUUUCUCAAAAGGAGAGUUUGUGUAUGAGUAAAGAAUCCAAAUUUUUCAAAAAUGUAGAAAUGGAUACAGAAGUAGCCACGACUCCUUGUCAGAAUACAGAGACAGACAGGGAUGAAGAAAUAAUAAAAUCAAUCAAUAAUGCAAGCAACUUAGAAAAAAAUGCAUUGGAAAUUAAAUCCAGAUACACUGGAAGUUUACCUGAUAAUCCAGUGGCCCAAGUCCAAAGUGCGACUGAAGACAGGAGUGGAAAGGAUUUUAAAGACAUUGGUCUAUCUCAGAAUCCAAAGAAACAUUCUGAUAAAGUAGCUUGUGAAGUGCACUGUGAGUUCAAUACAAAUCUGUGCCUGACACAUGAAGAGGUGGACAAAGAUGAACUGCAGGAAGCYGACACAGGGGCAGAACACACUCAGGAAUCAAAGGCACUUGUGCAUUCUGGCAACCAAAUCGAAACAAGCAGCUUUUGCCAAAAAGAAGAAAGUGAGAAAACAGAAAUAGGUAUUUACUCACCAGAGCUUUCUAUUGCUCCMAAAACCACAUCUUCAGCUGUGUGUUCCCACACAACAGAUAUUAUUCACAAUACUUUGGGCUUCCGUGAUACUUGCAAGGGGAUUUUACAGAUGAGCAGAACAAUAGAGAAUGUAGCUGAAACACUAACCCCAAGGAGGCAAGGAAAUAKUUCAGCAAAACUUGAAAAUGAAGGACAAAUAAAUUCUAACAAUUUAAUUGAGCAUUGUGUACCAAACUGUUUGCCACAAGAAGACAAGGUUAAUGAAUAUGAAGUGACUGGGAGUGAGGAACAAAUUACYAUGACAAACACUGAGGAGCUGGUUAUUAUGAGGCAGGAAGACAUAUGCACAGAUGAAAAUGUCUUUUUAWAUGAACAGUCUCCAGCUCUGCAUCACAUGUAUUGUGACAGAGAUGACGAAGAAGAAAUUUGUAAUCAAUUUAAGAUCCCUGAAAGAUACCUGAUGGCUUCAGAUCUAGAGCAGAAUAUAUUGUUAGAAGAUGAUUCAAGAUACCAUGACCCAACUGAAAUGAGUGAAGAUGGUGACUCAGUGGACUCUGCUACAGAGAUAGGAAAUGUAGUUGAUGCCUGUGAAUAUUCAGUUGAGGAUAGUGCUGGUGUUGACCAACACAGAACUGAACAAAAAUUUACAAGUCUUGACAGUCAUAUGUAYAUGAGCUGCUCUGUGCAAUCUCCUGAGCAUGGCACUUCAGAACACUGGAAUGUAGGUGUUAGGAAAAGACCUGRUAUUUGUGAACUGGAUGGAGCAGGCUCCAGCGCUGAGGAAGAGAAAGUGCAGUUGAUGAAGUUUGUAGAAAUGGCCAAAUCAGACAAACAAAAGCAGAUGAUUGUAGAAAACACAGAGGAGGUAGAACUGGUCUUUUUACAAAACCUGGAUGAACUAUUCCCUCAAAACAAAGGCAGCUACCAAAUGACACUUGAUGACAGCAGAUUAAAUGAAAUAUUAAGAGAAAGCCAGUGGGUGUCUACCAGCUUUUCUAGAAAUAAUGAAGACAUAAGCAAGCAACAAACUCCACCAGCAACACUAAAGUGUGCAGAAAAAAACCAGGAACUCCAAGACUCCCUGURCCAGUCUGUAAAUCACCCUUUUCAUCUUGGAGGAAGUGAUGAUUCCCAUCUUGUUCGAGGUGUUCCCGCUGCAUUGAAAGGUUGUACAAAACCAUCUAACAGCAAUCUUGGGACUGGAGCUGUUCUGCCUUACUAUGAAACAUUAAUGGACAGUGAGAUCAGUGUUGGUUCAUCUGUCACGGCCAACACCAUGGSAGAAGAUGAACAUCUUCCAGAUAAAACACAGAGUAGAGGUGAAGCUCUUCUGCAAACYAGGACCACACAGGAGAGGCAGGAGGAGGAGCCCUUUGGAUUUAAAAAUGCUCCUGAUGAUGCCGUAUCUGUGCUACCUGUCAAGGAGAGCAGCUCUUUCACUCCCUGCAGGGCAGGUGGAGUUGAGUCUGGAAGUGUUGUACUUCAGCCAAGGGCUAAAGGAAGCUCAUUUUCCUUGGAAAAAUUAGAUUCUUCUGRGGACAUAAUUCAGGAUAUUAAUAAUGCUUACAAAGAACACAGUAUGGAUUUAAUGGUUAAUAAACUAUUAAAAGACAGUCUUAAUUCCAUAGAAGAUACAGCUUUAGAGCUAAAGGACACCGUUGUGCCUGGUUCACUGUUGUUGGAUAAUUCAAACCUGCUUUCUUCUACAGAGAAAGAAGUGAUGGAAGAUACAAGGGUGGGAAAAAUGCACUCUUUACUAGAAAGCUCUACACAAAAACUAUUUCAGAAUAUUAAUACAACUCAGAAAGUGCCUCGCUCAGGGGGGUCAUCACUGCGUGAUGAGGAGACAUUUUUAAGCACCAGCUAUCCUACAGCAGACAGUAAAACCRAAAACGUCGAGUUCCCAGUUGUAGCUGGAUAUCAUCAUGAGCCCACAGAAAACCAGGGACACAAAGCUYCUGAAGAAUGCAACACCAUUUCUGAGAAAGCUUCAGCCCUUCCAGAAGGCCUGAACAAGUCUCCAAGGGAAAAUCCUCGUUAUAGUAAAGACUUUCUAAAUUAUAAUAGGAAAUUGGGCGCUUCACAUUUUCCUAGUCUUCUGAAUAGUCCAGUAUCAUCUGCAGAUAGUUUGAAUGACAACAAUGGAGACGAAGGUAAAAAUGAUGCUGUUCUCUCUGAAGAAACAAAAUACUUUGAAAGUGAAUUGUCUCAUUUAAGUGUAUCCAUAACUUUUYCUGGAGUUUGUCAAAAAGGAGACGGAAAGGAAAAUAAUUCUGCAGUUAAAGAGGCCACGUAUGCUCAAAGUAAUAAACUCCAUGAAAAGGUUCUGGUAACACAGCAGAAGGAGAAAGAUGUUCAAGGUUAUUUCCAGAACUGCAGUGACCUAAGAGAAGAUAAAAUUGAUGAGUACUCAGAACACUGCAGUAACACUACCASUGUGACCGUACCAGAAUUGGGCUUGCUCACUCUGCAGAGCCAWGGACACACUGGCAGUAAUGAACCAGAAUCUCUCCCACCCUACUUUGGAGACACUCCAACUGACCCACCAUUUCAAAGCUCCAAGAACCUCAGUGCUUUUAACACAUCUCAUUUACUUGAGGACUCAAAAUCUCUAAUAUUUAGUCAGCUUGAGGUCUCACUUCAGGACAGUUGUUUGACUGAGAAAGUGCCCUGCAGUUCUGCUGGUGUGUGCUCUGUCAAAGGAGAUUUUUCUCCAUCAUUUGCAAGUGUCAAUCAUCCAGCCUUAGGAGCAUUCUCAGAAUCUUCUUUAACUGUAGAUACAGGCCCUGGUGAAACUAGCACGUAUGAUACUUCACAUUCAAAUAUACUGAAACAACCUCAGUUUGCUGUUUUGCAAAUACAAGACACUCARUCUGAUAAAGCUGUGGUGUUUGAUGAGCCAAUAUGUGCUUCAGGAAGUAUUUUACUUUCUCUUGCAAAAGAAAACAGGCAUUGUCCAGUGUCAGACACAGAUUGUACUUCGUAUGAAAAUUCUGCUGUAGAUGGGGAAUCUGUGCACAGAAGUAAUAGUAGAAAAACUGACCAAGAUUCAAAAAUUGGUCAGCAUCACUGGGAUGAAGUUCCACCACAARAAGCUUGCAAAGAACACAUAAAGAAAAUAACAAAUGAUAAUUCUCUUUUACUACCAUCAUUAYCUUUUUGGGAUACUAGAAGGGCAGUUGUUGUUAAAGAGGAACAAAUGGGAAAYACACUUAACAGAAAUAAGGAAGAACUGCAUUCAAAUGCUGAGGCUGAACAUUUUGCAGUAAAGACAGARCAGAGAAAAACAUCAAAUAGAGAAYCYGCUGAAAAGCACACUAAUGUAUCCUCAAAUUCUCCAAAUGAAUUCAUAGGCUCAGAAGUUACAGUGUUGGRGAAUCUGUAUCCAAGAGAUGUUCCAGUGACUCCUGAAUACACCUGCAAUUCAUUUAUUCCAGCAUAUCCCACAUACAGCACUGAUCCCAGGUAUCAYGCUGGCUUGGCUUUGGAAAGAAACUCUGCAGAUCUGCAAGAUAAUUGUCAGUAUGUGCCCACAGGUGAGCAGACAGAACAGGUGCCAGGCAGAACAGGUACAGAUGAUAGGAAAGAGAUUUUACUUUGCAAAAAUAAUAUAUGUUCAAGUGUUGAUAGCUCUACUGCUGAUGCUGAGGCAGACACUCGUUCAACAGUGGGAGACGCUGUAACAAAGAAUAAAACUCUGAAAUCAGAAAGACUCCAUUUUUCUGCAAGGAAUAAUGAAACGGCCUCCAUGAAGUUUUUGCCAGAAAACCAUAAUUUGACUCCUCAAGAAUCCAGAUUGGUACAAUWCAGGAGAAAAAGAUCAUAUUCUACCACACGGAGUACAAAGGGCUGUAAACAAAGUGAAUGGAGACCUUAUUUACAAAGUCACAGAGUAUCAGCUCCAGAUAUUGCAGUUUUCUCUGAUACAGAAUAUACUUUGGAAGCUUCAUCUAAGGCAGAUYCUUCCUCAUAUUCUGCAUCUAAAUCACUACAAGACUUGAAUAUGAGUGUAGAGCCUCCAUCACCAACUGAAUACGAUCUUUAUGGAAUUGAAAGAUUUUUAAAGCAGGAAUCAAAGAACUUUUUGCAAGUUAAGUCUAAACCCAGAUUUCAGCAAAAAGUGGCACAAAGUAAGAAGCUUGCGAACUGUGAUCCCAAAAAUGUACAAAAUUUUGUAGCAAGAAGCCAAAGUAGCCAGUCUUUAAAAGACUGUACUAGUCCAUCUCCAUCAUCCUUACAGCCCACAGCUCGCAGUUCUGUGGGUGCAGAAGUCCAGUCAAAGAGCAGUUCUGUAGCUCAGUGUAGUGAAGGGAAAGGAGAAGAAGCUGGAUACCAGCCAGAAAAUGAUUUAUUUUUGCAAGAUAAUAAAGAUGCAAUGCAUUUUAUAUCAAGUGAUACCAACCCAUACAUUCACCCGUGGCAACAAGAUGGAGCCUGCAAGAUUGGCUGGAAACAGUAUGUUUUUGGAAGUGCAAGUGAUGUCUCUUGCAAUCAAAUUCCUUUGAGUAUGGAGAAUCGUAAAGUUUUGAGAUGUUCCAGUGUGGACAAUGGAUUGAAUUCCCAAAAUUCUCCUUUUCGUUCUCAUCUAAGCUCAUAUGCUACAGCCAAAGUUUUGUCCAGCACUUUGAGUAGCAUUGAAGGUCUUCAAGAAUGGGAUGGCGUCAGACAAGAYUUUCAAUCCACAGACUCGAGUGCCAGUACCAAACAGUACAGCAACAGGUCCAGUGAAACACUGGAAACUAACUCAGAAAAUAACACUGCUGAACUUGAGAAUCCUUCUGCACAGCCUGGUAACUCCUCAAUGCAGGUUGAUGAAAUUGUGUUAUUGUAUCCUUCUGAGUCUGAAAGGUCUUCCAAAAAACCACCACGGGUUACUUGUGAGCAGGGAACACAGACAGCAACUACAGGAAGGUAUAAAAGGCAGAGAAGACAUCAGAGGAGCUAUACAGAUGUUUCUGCAAAAAAGGAGGACACAAACAGAGAUUUAUUUCAUCAACCUUCUUCUUGGACAAGCAUGCAGAACCUGUCCAUGCAUCUGUCACAGCUUCUUCAGAAYACUUCUGAGCUGUUGGGAAACCUCUCCCAGCAGAGUAUUACAGAUAAUGAGCAGAAUACCAAAAUCAACCAAAAAGGAGCUGAAGGUGCUGCAAAGGCUGCUAGGUCAGAUAGCUGCACUCAGACUACAGCAGACGUAGGCACUCAGACUGAGAUUUUGGAAGAGCCUCAAAGCAAACACAAAGAAAAACAUGUGGAGGCAAAACUGGAAAAUGAAUCAAGGGCAGCUCAGGCAGUAAAUGCCGAUUGGAAAGGAAUUGGUGCAGGUACAGUAGGAAAGAUUCCCAAAAGGAAAGAGGAAACACUCUCUCCCGAAGAAAGAACACAGGAGCAAACAGGGAUGAAAAGCCUGGGAAAUUCUGACUUCCAUGAUAGUCUUGACAGCAUUUUGGAAGACUCCUUUAUGAAUCUGCCUCUCUUACCCAAAGUUUCCACUCCUAUCUUACAUUUUCAGAAAACAUCAUUAAAUGCACAGCAGAACGCCGCUGCUUUUGCUGGUACCAGAGUUUCACCUCUCACAUCAUCUUUGCCAAGUUCAGGGCAAGAUGGUUCUUCAUGCACUGUAGUUAGCAGCCCCACUAAUAGCACCUCUCAAUCUCCAGCAUCUUACGCUCAGGAUAAAAGAAGUGUCAGUGAAAUAGAGACUCCAGCAGAAAGAAAAUUCUGGUACAAAAACACCCUGCUAGUCGAUAGGGCUUCGUCCCCUAUUCUUACUCUCAGUGCUAGUCCCAGCAGCCAGAAUUUUAGCAAGUCUGUCUGCCCUAAUAAGGAACCCCCUGGAUAUUCCAGUGUUKCCUCAAGUCCCCUUCACAGCCAGAGAAAGCAGAGGGUGGGUGCACAGUCCAGUGUGCACCGUCAUGUGGACAAUUUUUCACAGACAGAAACAGACAGUGAAUCAAGCACCUCUAGAGAACACAAAUGCGUAAGAAAGAAACCUGCAAGUUUCUCAGAGAAGAAAGCUGCCCAAGAGCUUUUAGGACAGGAUGGUUCAAAAGGCUUGGAGCAGCACAGACUGAGGGUUGACACGCACACCACCAUUUGUGCAGAACGCCUGUAUCACUCCAGCAGUACGCUGGAGGUGUCGGGCCACAGCGAACUUGGAACAGGGGAUGUCAGAGACCACGGCUCCGUGGCACAUUCGCUUCGUUGUAUGUAUGUUACAAGGGAAGGAAGAGGCUCUUCAGCUGGAAUUGGGCAUGAAAAAUACACUGGGAGUUCUGAUACUGCUUUGAUUCAUGACUAUCCAUCUCCAAAUGAUGGUUUAUUUCUUAAUCAAAAAAUUAGUGCCRCUUGUUCAAGUAAGACAAAUGCUGGCACGUCCUCAGAACCUGUGGUGGAAGCGUCUUCUCUACAAUUUCGUGAUUUCUUMUGGAAGAAUGAGAACAGCUGCCCUCCCCCACUCUCUGAUGUGAGCGAUGUGCAGACCUCCUUCAGCACAGAUUCUGUCACUGAGAGUGAAUGUGACACUGAAAUCCCUCUCAGCAGGAACACCACUUUUGCAAAGCCACACAGGCCUCGGAGCUACAGCCUCCGUGACUUACCYGUGCACAAUAAAUUCAGCAACUGGUGUGGUGUUAAGAGCAGCCCCCCUCCCUUGUUACUCGGCUUGAGUGGCAGUGUGACCGAUUUAAGAAGUCAGGCAGAAAAGAAGCCUAGAAACACACAGUCAACAGAAAUGGAAGGGAAUUACCAGUCUUGUGACAGCAGGAGCAGAGAGAUCAAGAGACUCCAGAGAGAGCGUGUCCAGAUCAUGUCUGGCAUUCACCUGGAUCUGCAUCAGCAUCCCCUCACCGUGGAACUGACUGAGGCAAAGCUCAAUUAUGGCAUCGGGGAGACGGACGCCCUGCUGAGGGUCCUUCAGAGAGGAGCUGCAGAUGAGCCAGUGGCAAUCCCAGUGAAGCAGCAACUUUAUGAAAGACAUAUGAGAACUAUUGAAACGCUGAGGAAGGAAAGAGUAAAAAGGCUACAAAGAUACCAAAGAAGCCGAAGUCUGAGUCCCCAAAAGCAUUUGAGUCUGUCCCAGACUCUGGAUGCAAGCCAGAGGGAUCUAGAGCUCCCCAGCAGACGCCGAGAAUAUCUGCAGCAGCUGAGAAGGGAUGUGGUGGAAAACACCAGAGUUCAAGAACCAAAAAGAAGAAGYGUUCAGCAGCCUUCAGACAUUGAACUGUUGCUCCGAGACUAUCAGAGGGCACGGGAGGAAACCAAAACUGAAAUUGCACGAGCUAGGGACAAACUGCGGGAGAGGGCAGAGCAAGAAAAAAGGCGGAUACGGGAACAAAUAUUUUCUCAGUUACAGAAAGAGGAAGCAAGACUGAGGACUCUUGCAAGCACAAGCACUUUAUGUACAGACUCCAGCCUCAGCCUCUCCUCUGGCCCAACAUCUGGUUACAACAGCAGCAACACGGCUGCAUACACUGCAAGUAACCUCAGCAGCCAGGAAGGGCAGAUUUCUUCUGGAAAUACUUUGGUUUCAAGAGAUGCRCGAGGUCGUUCAGCUGUUAGAAAUAGUCAGCUUUAUACAUCAGAGCAGUUACAUAAGGAUUCAACAUUUGAAGCCAGCAGAAUUCAGCCACCUCUUCCUUCAAGUGGCACCAGCUGUAGGUUCACUCAUGGAUUAACUAUUUCUGUCAACUCCUCUUCAACAAAAGGAUACCAAGAUUUAUCCAAACAUAUCUUGGCGAAUGCUACCACCGAGGUAAUGGCAGCAUGCUCUCACAACCUGAGGAACCUCUACACGUGCCAAGCAGCAGCGGGGUGGAAGUAUCAGUGYACAGAAAAAGAGGUGCAGGUGUACUACAAAGUCUUCCCUUCAGCAACAAGGCACGGGUUUCUGGGAGCAGGAGUGAUAGAAAGACCUCUGCCCUGUGUGUGGGGCCUGGUGAGAGAUCCUGGCAAAAGGCAUCUGUACGACAGCUCUAUCAACACAGCCCGAAUUCACAAGAAGGUGACCAGCCACAUUCACCUGGUAUAUUUAGUGACUGAUACCUCCUUGUGUUACCUAAAGCAACCYCGGGAUUUCUGCUGCAUUACUGUGGAAGCCAAAGAGGAGAACUUGUCUGUCCUGGCUAUUCAGUCUGUCUAUGAUGCAUCCAUGCCUCACCCUUGUAAAGAAGCAGUGAGAGGGGAGAUUUUGCCAAGUGCUUGGAUUCUGGAACCUGACAUAGUGAAYGGAAGAGAGAUCACCAGAGUUAUUUACAUGGCACAGGUGGAUCUUGGUGCCCCGGCCAUCCCUGCCAGGCUCCUGAGCUCCAUGGCCAAGCGGCAGCCCCUGGUCAUUGCUCGSCUGGCUCACCUGCUCACUGCUCCGUGCUGGGACACUGCUGGACACUGAGGAGCAGCUGACAGCCASAAAGGGACAUGGAAAAUGCUGCCUCCCAAGGCAGCCCCCACCAAGCCUCACCUGAGGAGCCUGUGCUACUGCUGGACUAUAUGGAAGUACAGCCAGAGAAAAGGCUCACUUGUUUUAGCCAAUACUGCUUUAGAAGAAACACGGCAAGUUUYGUGGGGAGCCUGUCCUGGAGACAGYAGUGGAAAACCUCCAGGGAUGAGAAGUGUGCUGCUCUAUAAAGAGCAGAGGAAGAGACUUUGCUUUACAAGAAUCAUAGAGUGUAUUAUGUAAUUCCUGUUUCCAAGUGGCUUCAGAGAUCAACUUCUUUAAGUAAUUUUAGGCUGGAAGCAGUAUCURUGUGGCCUGAGCCCUUUUGCAAGCUCUUGAGCAGAGCUGCAAAGCCACUUCCUAAUGAUAAGUACCAAAUGCAGAAUUCCUGACUGUGCAGAUAAAUAAUUUCUCUUAGCUGGCUGCCUAUCCUCCUUCACCUUGAAGAGGGAAGUUAAAGCAGUGCAAUAUUCACUGGUCAUCCUCCACCCUGGAUAGAUUYUUUUCCUGUAUUUGGCUGACUGCUUGCAGCCAGUGUACGGUGUUUCAGAUUGCCACUAUGCAGCAUCAGUGGACACCACCAUACCUCAGGACACAGUUCUACUGUGCUGCAAAAUCAGGUGCUUUGAAAUAAAGAAACCAAACAGCUCUAAACAGUGACACUGUCAUGGAUAGGGUAGCACUCAGUAAUCAGCUUGUUUCUAGAAUUUAAAUCCUGCAAGUAAGAGUAGCUCCAACAUUUUUCAACAAUGGCUUUUUUCAUCAGCCCUUCUACACUUGGACCCAAAUGCAUUAAGAGCUGAAAAYAUAGCCUGGUCACAGUCUUACCACAUUUCUUUGUUCCUAGUGUGACCAGCUGUCUCACUGCAGCAAGUACAGACUCUUCCCAUUCAAUUACCUCAUGGGACUUCUGUGAAACAGUCCAACUCUCCUGCUGUCAGGCUUUACAUGUUUGUUCAACACAAUCCCUAGCUGGUUCMCAUAUUCCUAAAUUUAAACAAAACCGUGACCACCUCAAAUAUCCAAAUAACUUCAUUUAAUUCUUCAGCACAACAGUACAGAAUCACUUUAGAAUAUCUAAGCAAUAAAAGCUGCUAUGCUAUGCUUUCAUAAGCUAAAAGAAGUUCCACAUUGUUCAAGAAGCUCUUGCCUUGAAUUUGUCAAGUGAGAAAUGUGUACUCGAGCAUCCACCCUAGUGCAGUCAGUGCUUGCUACUUUAACCAGUUACUUUCAGUACAGGGAGCAUUUUCCCAGUAUAUGCUGAAGUUAGCUGUCCUUUCCACCUUUGAGUUCAAGAGCCAAGAUCUAGUUUACUACAUCUUUGCACAGGGGUAAUUUUGGCUCUCAGCUUCUAUGUUACUUCUAGGUUUCUAAUAUGGUGAGUCUUAAAUGAAAAGAUAUUUAAGAAGAUAGCAGUUUUGAUACAUACCAGCCCACGGCUUCCUCCUCAGACUCGAUCAGGUAGGAUAUCCAAACCUUAUCACUUACAAAUUUGCUUUGUUUCAUCUUCGGAUAAUCAUGGUUACAAUCUUAACACCAAUAUAUUACUGUUCUGUUUUUGGUGAGGUUUGGCCUUUUCCUAAAAGCUUGAGUCAGUUUGAGCAUGGUUCACUUAGAGCAUCACACAUCUUACACACCCCUCAAGGAAGAAUGGGUAAUCUGGCAAAAAGUUUUCUGCAACUGAGCGAAAACUGAAAAGUUUUCUGCAACUGAGCGAUUUCCAGAUUUGUAACCUGUCAAUGUCCCCCCUUCAGUGGAAACCCAGAAGGAAGAGUGAACAAGGCUGUACAUUUAAGCCCCAGGAAUAAUGAGCAGAACCAGCAGCACAGGAUAUUGGCUCUGUCCCCAGUGCUGCUUCCAUAGAUGUCCAGAGAAGGUAGAGUCUUCAUGCAACCCACUAAAGAUUUGCUCAGUGCUUUGCUUCUUUUACUUUAGACACGGCACUAGUGAUAAAGCAGUUUUUGUAGGAAAAACAUCUCGGGGGAUUCCUGUUGAUCAAUGAUGCCAGUGCCUAUGAAGGAUAGUGUCUUACUGUACAGUGCAUCAGAUGUUUAUUUUUAUAUAUACUUAAUAUUUUUUUCUAUGUUUACAAAUUAAGUUAUUUAUAUAUGCUUGGUUUGAAGUGUUUUUAUAUGCUAUCAAAGCUAAGUUUUAUUUUUAUCAGUAUUGAAUUAACGUAACUUUUUUUUUUUAAUACAAUCUUCAAUUGAUACUAAAAAGCCUAUUUAUAUGAAUGUUUUCUUUUGCAAAUACAACAUUUUAUGGUACUUGGUAAUGUAUGGCAUUGGUUUGUUUGGAAGGAAGAAACAAAAGCCCAGCAGAUAUCCAAUUUGGUAAGCUACAACAGGCAAAAACCAACUUCUUCAGUAAGUUACUGCUGAGCAGCAGAUGAUCAAACCAAUUGUAUUGUACCACCUAGGGUUGCAUCUCUGCUCCUAAAUCAAGGUUGCUAUUUUCAUAUCCACAAUAAAUGAUAUUUUCUACACAAGAAAAUGUGGCCCACCUUAUUUUGCUCCAGCUGAGAUACCCAUCUAUGGAAGUGUGCUGGAAAGAAAAACAAUAYAAAGGCAAGUUUGUGAUAACAGAUGUCGGUCUCCUACUUACCUGCUGAGGAAUGGGCACAGAAUAUGAACUUUGGGUAUGAGAACCAAGAAGUCAGUCAUUGCUUAAAUCUGGGUCCUGGGACAGUGCUUUGUCCAAGCAA